CGGCUCGUGACUCAGAGGCUGGAGCCUGUCAUCUACCUGGUUAUUAUAAUGACAGCUCACAGUGUGUGUAAGAGCACCCUGUAAGCCACAGCUCACCACACUGAAACACAUCCACCUUCUCACAGCGGGGCCAGAUGUUUCAGACGCAUUGUUUCAUACCCUCUCAAAGUUAUGGGGAAAGAGUCGAGCCACUGCCGCAUACUGUUUAUCAGCGGUUCAGUCGUGUCACGGGAAGGCAAAGCUACAUGCUGAUGAUUUCUCAGUGCCGUUAUUCCAAGGAGCUGAGGACGUGAGUGAAGCCCAUCCCACUCAGUUCCCUAAAUUCACUGCGGGCUGCCGGAGCCGGGGGCCGCUGGGCUGCAUGUGCCGGUGCUAACGCUGCGUCCACCCUGUCUCCUCCAGGUGGGAUGCGGAUCCUGUCUGCGGACACCGCGGCAGACACAAAGGAGCGCGCCUCACUUUCCGUUUCUUAAAGGUAACCACCUCGAUCAGCGCCGGCCAGCCUGUCUGUGUGAGUGUGAGUGUGUGAGUGUGUGUGUGUGUAUGUGGGGGGGCUAAUCGCUGGAGAUAUCCGUCUGCGCCCAUUCCAACCGAGGGCGAGCAGCGCGCGGCUCUAAGUGGACUAUCGACAAGUUUCUGAUUCGAUCGACGCUCGUCGACCGGGAGGAAGAGGAGGAGGUGGCGGGCUGGUGGCGGUGGUGGUUGUUGUGGUGGUGGUGGUGGGGGGGGUGGAUAAUCGCCGGCUCUCCCCGAGUGGAGCCCACAGACUGAACUGCUCGAUGACACAGCGAUGAAUGUUGUGAUUUCUCUGCCGUGAUACGAGGAGGAUCCGCGCGUCUGGAGCCGCCGCAGCUGCCCGCCAGCCCGCCCGGCUCCCUCCGCUCCCCGCCCGCCGCCUCCCCAUGCAGAGCCUCUGCAGGGUCAAGAUGCAGUUCCGGACUGUGCUGGACGUGAAAGUCGUGGACGUGGAGAAGAGGCGCAAUCCGUCCAAACACUACGUAUAUCUCAUCAAUGUCACGUACUCUGACAACACCUCCCAUAUCAUCUACAGAAGAUACAGCAAAUUCUUUGACCUACAGAUGCAGAUACUUGACAAGUUCCCAAUUGAGGGAGGGCAGAAAGACCCGAAGAAGAGGAUCAUUCCAUUUCUCCCAGGCAAGAUCCUGUUCCGGAGGAGUCAUGUGCGAGAUGUGGCCAUGAAGCGGCUGCGUUUCAUCGACGACUACUGCAGGGCGCUGGUGCGACUCCCCCCUCAGAUUUCUCAGAGCGAGGAAGUGCUGCGCUUCUUUGAGACGAAAGCUGAGGACAUCAAUCCCCCAGUGGAGGACUAUGGCUCCAAGCGCAAGUCUGUAUGGAUGUACGGCUUUACAGACAGCCCGAGGAAAGAGGCCUCAGGGAUUGACAGCUCGGAGCCUAUGGUGCUGGAGCAGUACGUGGCCGUGGCCAACUACGAGCGGCAGGAGAACUCGGAGAUCAGCCUCAAGGCCGGUGAGACGGUGGACGUGAUUGAGAAGAGCGAAAGUGGAUGGUGGUUUGUCAGCACAGCAGAGGAGCAGGGCUGGGUGCCGGCUACAUACUUGGACUCCCAGAAUGGAACCAGAGACGAUUUGGAUCUUGGAACUUCCAGGACUGGAGAAGUUACUAAGAGACGCAAGGCGCAUCUGAAGAGGCUGGACCGCCGCUGGACCCUCGGGGGUAUAGUCAACCGUCAGCAGAGCAGAGAAGAGAAAUAUGUGACGAUUCAGCCAUACACCAGUCAAGGGAAGGAUGAAGUCAGCUUUGAGAAGGGGGUCACCGUGGAGGUCAUCCAAAAGAACCUGGAGGGCUGGUGGUUCAUCAGAUACUUGGGGAAAGAGGGCUGGGCCCCGGCCUCAUACUUGAAAAAGUUGAAAGACGAUUUCUCCCCCCGCAAGAAGACCCUGACUGGGCCUGUGGAGAUCAUCGGCAACAUCAUGGAAAUCAGCAACCUGCUGCAAAAGAAGUCGGUCAGCGAGAAGGACAUUCAGACCGACGGAGAAGGCAGCACCACGCCGGAGCGCCACAUCUCCAAGACUGAGAUCAGCCUGCCCAUGCCCUUUAGCUCCGAAAUCAACGCAGAGACCGGCAGGAGGCUGAGUGCAGGCCGUGACACCAACAGCCCGUGUCUGGGGAUAGCAGCAAGCGCCGCUCUAAACGAAAGUAAAGGGAGAGGCGAGGCAGGGUCCCCAGCUGUUGCAAGAGUGGCCCCGCACAGAGUGGAAAUUGGCUUCGAUGCUGUAGGGUCUCCAAAUCUGAGACAGAAACCUCCCCCAAGGAGAGACACCAACUUGGGAUUCCAGUUGCCUAAACCACCAGAGCCCCCUGCUGUGGAAGCAGAGUAUUACACUAUAGCAGAUUUCCAGUCCUCGAUCUCUGAUGGCAUCAGUUUCCGUGGAGGACAGAAGGCUGAUGUGAUAGAGAAGAACCCUGGAGGCUGGUGGUACGUGCAGAUCGGAGAGAAGGAGGGCUGGGCCCCCUGCUCCUACAUCGACAAGCGCAAGAAACCCAACCUCAGCCGUCGAACCAGCACCCUGACCCGGCCCAAAGUCCCGCCGCCUGCUCCGCCUGUGAAAAAACAAGAACCCGAAGAGGCCCCCCCUCCGGGUAACUCUGCCUCCAAGGUCUCAGAGCCACCUACCAGGCCCGUGUACGAGGAACCUGAAUAUGAUAUCCCAGCAAUUGGAUGCGAAGGUGAGUCUGACACAGAUUCUUUGAAGGAUGAGCGCCCCCUGGAUGUGAAGAUCAGCAACGUGGUCAGCGACAAGUACCGCAGCGCCCCUCCUUCCUGCAAAGCCUCCCCUCCCGUCUGUAAGGCGUCUCCCGCAUUCAGCCGUCGAAGAGCCUCUUACAGGUCUGUAGAGGAGGUCACUAAAGAAGAAUGUAUUUACGAGAACGAUGGUUUCAGGCCAAGCAGUGGCGUUGAAGCACCCUCAGCCAAAGGUUCCAGUGAGCCCAACUCCCCAAAGAGUUACCACUCCUCCACAGUCCCAAGAAGACCCUCUGGAUCCUCGCCUCUAGCUGGUAGGCCAAUGAAGACGAUGACGCCAGAGAUGAAUCGUAGAAGUCAGACCCUGGGCAGACACGUAGACAUCAGCUUCAGGUCCCAGGACAACAGCCCCCUCUCUUCAUCUGAUGAAUUGAGCAGAGGACCCAAGAAAGCCCCUCCUUUUACUCGGGAUGUGGAGCAGAGAAUAGGUCAAAGUCCCUCCACCAGGCCCAAGCCUUCUGUCAGACCCAAACCCCUUCUGACCAAAUCCGAGCCACAGAGCCCUGAGAGGAUGGAUAUCAAUUCUUUGAGACGGCAGCUGAGGCCAACAAGUCAGUAUCGACACAGCAUCAAACCUUCUCGAGGGGACGACUCUGAAACUGCAUCUGUCAUCUCAUCAGAGGACUCGAUGUGUUCACGCAGCACCUCAGAUCUCUCCUCAGUUUACUCUAAAGGGAGUCGCGGGGAUUCCGAUGUGGAAGGCCCCAGUGCUUACCGCUCUCUGGACGCCUAUAAGAAGGUUCAAGACUCUGAGAUCAGCUUCCCUGCUGGGGUGGAGGUGGAGGUUCUGGAGAAGCAGGGGAGCGGUUGGUGGUACAUCCGUUGGGGCUCAGAGGAGGGCUGGGCUCCCUCCUACUACCUGGAACCUGUCAGACACGUGGGUGAUGCUGGUGGGAGGGACUCAGAUGGACAUGGGAGUAGUGGUGGCAGUAAGUCCAACAGCCUGGAGAAGAACGAGCAGCACGUUUUGGCCCUCAAUAACAUCAACAUUCAGGGUCUGACACAGCAGCAUCCAGGCAUGAGAAGGAAUACCCCGCCGAUUCCUUCCAAGCCCCCCGGUGGCUUCUCGAAGCCGUCUGGGUUGGUGAACGGAGGUGUGCGAAUGAGAAACGGGGUACGUCAGGUGGCGGUGAGGCCUCAGUCUGUAUUCGUGACAACAUCACAGCCACCCAAGGAUGCACACUACAUGACGGGGUCUCUGAGGCGAAACGAAUCACUCGGUAGAAGUGAUCACUAUAGUUCUGGUUCUGCCACUCUUGGCGUCCGCCGAAAUGCCUCCUUCAGCACCGUGCGGCCACAUGUAGUCGUUGAAAGUCAGACGAGGCCCGCCGAGCGCUCCAGCCUGGGGUCCUCGGGGAGCGCAUUCAGCACAAGCAAUGUAAACCAACGCAACGGCAUCCCUGUGUCCACAGUCCGGCCCAAGCCGAUAGAGAAGAGCCAACUGAUCCACAAUAACUUUGGCAGGGAUGUGUACGUCUCAAUCGCUGACUAUCGUGGCGACGAGGAGACUAUGGGCUUCACUGAGGGCACCUGUCUGGAGGUACUGGAGAGAAACCCCAAUGGAUGGUGGUACUGCCAGGUGCAGGACAGCCUGCUUCCCCGCAAGGGCUGGGUCCCAUCCAACUACCUGGAGCGAAAAAAAUAGAACCACCUCCCCAGACAUCCUUCCCUAACCCCCCCAUCCCACCUCCCUUUUUCGAUGUCUCUGAGGACACAGGUGGCAUCGCUCCUCAAGAAUGUUACCCGCAAUCUCCUGUAAGCAAUAUGUCCUUGAUAAUGUACAUUUUUGAAAAGACUGUGUGUAAAAAAAAUGGAAGAUGUUUUAAUCUGAUAAGGAAGGACACUUUUAGUGCUGGUUUACUAAAAUGUAUACAAAGAGGAGUGUAAAGAUUUUCACUAUUUUGGCCGGGGGAGUGAGAGAUGUGGGGAAUAUGGGAUUUGUCAGCCGUGAGUGAGGAGUCUUUGAGAUAUGAAAUGAUUGGGAGCGAUCACCUCUUAAAGAGGUUCGCAUCAUGUAAUGCAGAAGUUGAGCAGGGUCAUGGCGAUGCUUAUUCCUGCCCAUCACUUACUAUGAUGGCCAAUAAGUGCCUUUUAUAUUUGAUUACCGGAAUGGAGGUUCUAAUUGGUGGAUGGAAAAACAUUACAUCAACCAAAUCUUAAGAGUGCCAUAGGCCGAUGAACACCACCAAUAGUAUUACCAUGACCAAGCUAGAGCUACUCUAGAGAGUGAGAACAAAAUGCAGCGUUUCAUUGUAAAGUGGUCAAACUGUUCCAACACACAGACGAAAGAGAGAAAAACAGAGAUCUAAGAACUUUAGUUCACCAGAGAAUUGAAUUGUUUUAAACCACAAAAAACGUGAAAAAAACUGAAUCAACAUUUAAGUCUCAUUAUCAGUAUUUCUCUUUCAUUUAAUUCUUUAUUUUAUAAUGUCUUGUGUUGAUGCAAGUCUUCCUUAGAGAAUUAUUUCUGCUUUCUUGUGACAUCUGUUUCCACCAACAGCCUGCAAAUGGAAGUGUUAAAGCUCCUUAUAGUGUCUGAUGGAUGGAUAUAGUUUUCUCAUAGACCCUAAAUCCCCACAGUGAUAUGUUUAUAUUAAUCCCAGAUAUAACUAUGUGGGAUAACAAAUACCUGUGAAACUUGCAGUCUAACUAUAAUAGUUGGAUAUUUUAUUUUCCUUUAGAGCAGCUUGAGUUCUCUCCAGAACAAAAUCACCUCAGUGUAAUACCCUCAAACAAUGAAAACAAUUUGUUUCCAACAGUUUAGGUUUACUCCAGGAACAAUUGAUCUUGUAUAUAUUUUGUUUUUAUUAGUUCAAGAAUACUGCUGUUGCGUAGCUGUAUUUGAUAAGUACUGGAAAUGCAGUAAAAUCAUUGAAUCCCAGGGACAUAUUUGCUCAGCAUUUAGCCCAAAAUGUGAUCAAACCAAAGACAAAUAUCAGUUCAUUGGAUUUUUCUUUUUUCUUUAUUUAUUUAUGUUACAAAAACGAGGUUUCUGAACUGUAUAAAAAAGUUUUCCUGGAACCACUUGAUACAUUUUCUCAGAUAUUGAAGUUACCAGGUAAAUUGUAAUAUUAGGUCUUGCUGUGCAGUUCUAAUUUUAUUAUUAAAUAGAAAAACAACAUAGUUUAUCAUUAGAAUUUAAUCCUUUUUACCAAUUUUCGAAAUUGGUUGGUUUCAUAUCACAGUUUGUAAUUAAUAAAUCUUAAUAAACAAAUUGUUGUGAUAAAUAAAUCUUAGCCACCACCCAGAAAUAUAUAGUUCCCCCCAAUGCAGCUAAAAGCUAAAUUCGCAAAUGUGAAAUUCUGAGCUGAAGUCCAACUUUCAAAAUGCCUAUGGCUGAUGUUCAAGACUGCUGAAAUACAUUUUCUAACGAACGGCCGAAUCUUCCGUCAUGAGGCUGAACACUAACUUGUGAUUAUGUUCCUGCUGGACAGUAUGAUAUUAUGAAACAAAGUACAGUACCUGCUAGAUCGCAGUUAUCUAUUUUAGCCAAAAUCAUAUUUGUGUUUUUGUUUGUUACUUUGUGAUCACACAGUGUCAAUAACGAGGAACGAAGUGGUUCAGUUUUGUGAAUUAGUGCACUUUAAAAUUGUUUUUAUGGUGCAUUAAUGUGAAGAUGCAGUAAAUACUCAGCAUGUUAUUUAUUAAGUUUUUUUAAUUAUUUAAUGUCUCUAUCCCCCUCACCUCAGAUCAGAGGUGGAACUCUCAAAGUCUCAUUGAGUAGAAUUGGAGAAACAGAUACCUCUUGUGGUAGCUUAAAUGUACUACAACAUGUUUACAUCAUCCACAAGGCUUAUUUAUCGGCCGUCCUGCCUCAGUGCAAUAAGAAAUGCAUUGCUGGUCAGUGAGUCUCCCCGAAAACUACACAAAUUUUAUGUUUUUUAGUUUGUUCUUUUUUUUUAAAUCUCAGUGCAGCUAAACAUAUUUUUGUAGCACGUGUUUUGUAUUGGGCAAAUUUUUUUAGGAAACUUCAAAAAUUCCCUUUUUUUUCUUUAUGCUGUUUGCUGCAACUUUAGCAAAUGAUGGGCACUUCCUUCACCUUUAUUGUGCUUUACAUAAUGCCUGAUUUUAUGUAUAUUUAUUAUGAAUUUUUUACAUUUGACAAUCACCUCGCCACCUCUUCAAAAUAUGUUUGCAUAGCUUUAUACGGAUUAUUGCAGACUCAGCGGUAAAGAAAAAUUCCCAAAUACCAUGAUUUACUUGAGUAUGUGAGAUUUUUGCAUAAGGACCCAUAAAUAACAAAAAUUUGAAAGUAGGCAGUUGAUAUUUGCUGUGAGGCAAAUCCCACCCAGACGACGGCAUUAUGUAAAUGUGUUGAAUCACUGUUAACCUUUUUGCUCCAGCACAUGUUAUUAAUGCAUAUCGCUUUGUUUGAUCGAGCUGAACUUACUUUGCAAGGGAAUGGUUCUGUGUUGAACAUACAUUUAGCUGUGUAGCAUCUAUCUCAUGCUUUUACAUGCAUUUUUUUUUUUAAUUCUUAUUUCCUCUUUAUGCCCCAGUUUGUCAAAUUCUGAAAUGUACCUGCGAGAAAUUGUGCAAUAGAUUAAAAGAAAAAAAGCAUCCUGUUUCAACAAGAGGAGGAAACGUGAACGUCAAUGCCAUUACGUGUGUGGGGAGAAGAUGUUCCCGGUCAAACUGCCAGUCAUGAGCUUUUACCAUCAUGUAAAGUGGAGUGUGUCAGAAAGAUGUGCGAGGCUCCAAACGCAUCAGAAGCUCAUUGGACCAAAGCAGCCGUACGUGACUCUUCAUCAUCUCCUGACGUCACAGACUUUUGGAACUGACAUGAGAGUCUCUGCUCCUCCUGCCUCGCAUCAGCAGUGGACAGUGAUUUGUGAAUGACAUGGCAGAAACCCACUGACCCAUUCUGUACUGACAUUACAGCCAUCUGGGGUCACAGAUGGAGAGUCCCGGCCCCGUCGUCAGGGGCCCUUAGCGGCCCCGCCCUGAGCUGUCACGUUCGUGCCUGAAUGGAGUUUUGAUAGUUUCUUGUUUUUGUGUUGUUGUUUUUCCUCUUUGUUUUUUCUGUGUGCGCCCCCCCCGCCGCCGCCGCCGCCGCCGCCGCCAACGCCAAUGCCUCUCUUGACAUUCACCCCACCCUAGUCAGACUAUGUCAGACUUUUCCUUCCUCACCAAUCACCACAUUGAAGGUGACAUUUGAGUCUCAAUGGUAAACAAGAGGCUGGGGGAGAUGAACGCUCCUUUAGGCCAUUUCAGUUCAAUCCAUCAACUUCCAGGAUGUACGCCAAAAAUAGAAAACAACAUCACAACCUUUUCUCUAUGCUGAGUCCCAGCAGGCCUUAUCUAAGUGCUACAGGUGAACACGAGCACACAGGCCAAUGCAGGCAUGGGACUUCUAUCCAUAGACGCUUGUUUGGAUAGUUUAUCGUUAAACUCCACCUUAAAAAGGACACUCCAGUGUUUUGGGAAACAAAUGUAUUCAGUUUCUUGCAGAGAGUAAAAGUGUCAAAAUGUUUGAUUUGGAAAAUAUUGAAAUAUCUCUUAAUGAGGGACAUUGAGUACAUUUAGGGAUUUUUAACUGGUAAAUUGAACUUUUUCUAUUGAGAAGCCAUAUUUGACACAAAGUACGUGAAGGUUAUCUUUAAAUAUGGAGCGUAAGCCCAGAGACUGUUAGCUUAGUUUAGCAUUAAGAGGGGAAGCAGGGGAAACUGCUUGUCUGGAUAAUGAGAAAUCUCUGGAGACCUACAACAACUUGUCACUUCUACACAGUUUGUGUACAGAUUAAACAAACACAAUGUAAUGUGUUGAUUACUGAGCUUCAGGGAUGCUCAUACCUUCAGCCAUGCUAGCUGUUUCCCCCUGUUUACAGUCUUUAUGCUCAGCUAUGCUAACUGUCAGCUGGCUGCGGCCGAUUUUCUCAUGCAACUCUCAGCAACAAAACAAAUAAACAUAUUUCCCAAAAAUAAUAUAUUAUUUACAAUGAUAUAUUUCUUUUUCCGGUCCAGUGGCUCAGCCUGUCGCAGCUGCACUGCUCUUAAACCUGCUCGUGCAUCCACGUGGCACAAUAGAAAUGGAAUUGUCGGAGGUAAUAUUUUUCGCACAUGCCAACACACUCAUGAUGAUAAGGAAUCAUUCAUGCUGCAGAGGAAAUGUACGAGUCUCCUGACAUAUUCCUGGAGGUCACCCGGGUGAGACGGCUCCACCAUGUUAUCCCUCGCUCCCUUUUUAUUUGAACAAAUGGACGACACCUCUCGGGCGUGAAGCACCUUAAGCUCUGCAGCUCCCCAAAACUGGCUGCUGCCAUAACAUCCUCCCCGCUCCCCUGUUCUCUCUCUCUAUCCGCCAUCGUCACAUGUAUCUCUCUCCUUCCUCGACACAGCCCGGUACUCUAUUCCCAGUGAGAUGAUUGAGGUAGUAGGGUUUGUGGUGGAGGGACAGAGUUGUUUGCAUGUGUGUGUGUGUGUUUGCUGGAUGUAAUGGAUUGUUGCAGGUGUUUAGCUCAUGGGGGGAGAUGUUAGAGGUCGUGGAGGAGACGUAGCGAGAGCAGGAUGCAGGGGGACACAAGACGGAUCAAGUGGUGGAUUCUAGUAGACGUGGUGAGAGGGAGGUGAGAGGAGGGCGGCUUUGAUGCGAGGGAGAUUAAAGACUGGUGGGCACCACUUCCACUUGGAAAACUGAGACAUAAUAAUUCCUUUUGACAGGGAGUCGGCCCACUCUAUCAGAACUCCUUUACCCACCUUUCUGAAAACCUGACACCUAAUGAGCUCGCUGCUUCUAAACCUGAGCUCUGAAUUCUCAUCUCUCCAAACAUUGUUUUAAUUGCAGCACUUGAAGUUUUGUGUAGCUGCUUCAACAAGACACUGCAGAGACAAAUCAGUCGCAGUGUACGGCAGCUUCUCUGGGCCUCACUCCCUGUCCGUAGGAAAAGAAAAACCUUUGGAGCUGAUCCUACGUCUAGUUUUUAGCUUCUUUCACUGUCGGUGUCUUCAGAUCUCAUGUAGCCCCGAGGGUGAGGGAGUUGAGCUGGGUGCGGAAAAAAGUUUUUGUGAAUAAGACAAAAAAAUAAAAAAAAAAGGCUUCAUAUGGUGGAUUCCUUGUGGCUUUUUUCUCCCCCUGACGUAUUCCUUUGUGUUCUCACUGAGUGCACCAAAGGUUUUGAGGGGUUCAUUCUUAUCUAAUGAGACAAGCUUUAAUUCAUAAUGGAAAGAAAUGAAAAAAGGCAACAGCACUGAGUUAAUGAAGGCAGGAGUUUGAUGGAAGGAGGGGUAGGUUUGAUAGGAAAGUUUGAGUAAGUGUGUGGGAGCAGGUGGGAUGUAUUUAGGGGGUUGAUUUUGGAGGUUUUUUUAAUUAAUAUCUAGUUUUUGUUUGAGUGCGAGAGAAGAGGGAAAAGAACUAACGGCGCUGCAGGGCUUUUUUUCCAGCAGUUGCUGUAAGAAAAAAAAAGCAAAACAGGCCUGUGAAUAAGGGAAUGCUGAUUAUUUAUGUCAUUCAGAAAACUUCCUCACAGAAUCGGAGUUGUUUGACGCGCCAGCGGGCAUCAGCGGGAGCUGUCUCCAGCUCCUGGAGGAGGCUGUGUUGAGGAACGAGACGCGCCGCUGUGUGUCUCUGUGCUACUUUUCUUUGUCUCUGUUUGAAUCCCCGUUUCUAAUUAGCACAACAGUGUGUCUUAAUUAACCUUAGCCAGUCAGACGAUAUUCCAGCGCUAACGGCUUCUUAAUCAGCGAGGCUGCUGCCAUCCUGCGUGGGAGCCUCCGGUGCUGGAUGGAGCUCAGCCAUAUCUGUGCGGCGGAGGCGAGCUGUCAGCGGUGAUUGAUGCUGAGUGACAGCUGACGUGGAUUCAUGAGAAGGUGGAGCCUGCUUUUAGCCUCGACGUUGCAUUUAUAGAAUUGAAUUUGACACCACCCUGCUGUGCGAAGCAGUGUGCCAAAGAAACUUGGAGGACCCGACGCCGUCGAGCUCUUGAUCUGUAAAUUCUGACAAAAACAAUCCGUUACCAGCAUGACAGCCACACUCAGAAACACAAAAACAACUGCAGGCCUCGAGUUGGACCAAAGGAGGUGCUCUUCUUUUUAUUUCCUGGUUUCGCUCUGUUUCUUAUUACCAUUGUUGUUAUGCAAAUUGUGUUUCACUCUUGCAAACUCCUCGUUUUCAAAAAGAUUUGCCAUGAGAAGGCUCAGGAGGCUUUAUACAACUGUAAAUGUCAGUGAAUCCUCCAUUGAUGAGUCAUCUGGCUGCCAAACCCCACGUGGUGAAAAGGCCAUAUAUACAUCCCAAUGUGCAGCAAGGAGCAGCCACAGUCCAGAUUCCUCUCUGAUGGGAGACUUUCUGCACAUGCGCAUUCCUUUUUGAAAACAGGACAUUUUUCUUAUCUACUGUUUCAUUUUGACAAGUCUUGUUCCUUUUUUUGUAUCUUGUACAUGUUUACAUUGUAUCUCGCAUUGCCCAAAAAGAGAAACAUUAUUAAAUGUAUUAUCUUUGUUGUUUUA